AUGGUGGCCACAGCUGAUACUCAGAGGGCAAUCAAGAUCCAAUCCCCUGGCAAGGUGGCCCUGCAGGAAAAUUGCCCCAUUCCGAUUCCCCAAGCAGACGAGGUCUUGGUGAAAGUCGUCUGCGUGGCCCUCAAUCCUGUCGACGCCAAAUCUGCCGAUCUUUCUCCAACUCCUGGGGCAACCUCAGGGUGUGACUUUUCCGGAGAAGUUGUCAGCAUUGGCGACAAAGUCAAGCAGCCGUUGUCGGUAGCAGACCGCGUCUGUGGCUGUGUCUUUGGAAACAAUCCGGACGAACUUCAAAACGGCGCGUUUGCUGAAUAUGUUGCCGUGCCUGGAGAUUUGCUAUUCAGAAUUCCCGAAGGAAUGUCCUUCCAGACAGCUGCUACCUUCGGUGUUGGACUUUCCACAGCGGGAAUGGCGCUGUAUCAGACCCUGAAGCUGCCUCUUCCAAACACACCAGCGAGCUCGCCCCAGUUUGUCCUUGUGGCAGGUGGAGGAACCGCAACGGGGAGUCUGGCAAUCCAACUGGCUAAGCUCUCCGGAAUGAUCCCCAUCGCAACUUGCUCACCACGCAGCUUUGACCGUGUAAAGUCACUGGGUGCAGCAGAAGCAUUUGACUACCAUUCGCCAACCUGCGGUGCUGAUAUUCGAGAGUUCACCAAGAACACUCUCGAAUACGCUCUUGACUGCAUCACCGACACCGGAUCGAUGAACAUCUGCUAUUCCGCCAUUAGCAAGAGUGGCGGCAAAUAUGUUGCUCUCGACCCGUUUCCUAUCCGCUCGCACACGCGGCGGAGCGUUGUUCCGGCGUGGAUUGUGGCCUUUACCAUCUUCAACAAGCCAGUCAACUGGCAAAGACCGUUCAAGAGGGAAGCGCGGCCCAAGGACCGGGAGUUUGGAGAGGCUUGGUUUCAGACUGCGCAGAAGCUGCUGGAUGAGAAUGUGAUCAAAGCGCACCCUCAAGAGGAGAGGCCUGGCGGUCUUGAAGGAGUCAUAGACGGACUAGACGAUGUGCGUAAGGGUCAGGUUUCGGGUGUGAAGCUGGUUUACAAGAUUUGA